ACCCCCGGCGCCCUCCGGCCCGCUCCCGCCGCUCGCUCCCGCACGUCCGCCCUGCGCCGCGGCCGGGGGCUGCUCCUCGCCCGGAGAAACUUUGCACCCCCGUGUCGUGGCGGGGACCGUGGGUGUCAAAGCCAUGAUUCCUCCGGGGGAAUGCCUAUAUGCUGGGAGGAAAAGGAGGAAACCCAUUCAGAAACAAAGGCCAGCAGUUGGGAAUGAAAAAUCAAAUCCUUCGAAGAGGCACAGAGACCGUCUGAAUGCAGAACUGGACCACCUGGCCAGCCUCCUCCCUUUUCCACCCGACAUCGUAUCGAAGCUGGACAAACUUUCAGUCUUGCGCCUUAGUGUCAGCUAUCUCCGAGUCAAAAGUUUCUUUCAAGCCAUUCAAGAAAAGCACUUUAAGAAGCAAGUUGGCCAAACAACAAAAGAAGACAAUAUAUCUAACAAGACUGCUGUACAAGAAGGUGGACUUCUACUAGAAUCACUGAAUGGUUUUGCCUUGGUGGUGAGCGCAGAUGGAAUGAUAUUCUAUGCGUCAUCAACAAUUGUGGACUACCUAGGGUUUCAUCAGACUGAUGUAAUGCACCAAAACAUAUAUGAUUACAUUCACGUGGAUGAUCGCCAGGAUUUCUGUAGACAACUGCACUGGGCCAUGAAUCCUCCCCACAUGUUGUCUGGACAGCAACUACAGUCAGAAACAGGAGAAGAAUAUAUUCUCAGUAAAUUGUUUAAAGCACAAGAAAAUGACAGCAUGACAACAGAUUACUCUUCCUUUUUAACUCGCUGUUUCAUCUGUCGAGUUCGCUGCUUGUUGGACAGUACUUCUGGAUUCCUUACAAUGCAGUUCCAAGGCAAACUAAAGUUUCUCUUUGGACAAAGGAAGAAGUCCUCAUCAGGAACAGUAUUGCCACCUCAGCUGUCCUUAUUCUGCAUAGUGGUACCACUUCUGCUCCCUUCUGUGACAGAGAUGAAGAUGAAAAGCCUGCUUGUGAAAGCAAAACACAAAGCUGAUGAUGCAGCAGCAGUGAACACCAACUCCAGUUCAAAAAGCAGUUCAGGACCAUGUGAAGCAACAGAAUUAUAUGAACGAAACAGUCACCAUGAAGGUGCCGCCUUCACUAAUGCAUUACAGAUUGCUGAAAACCAAAUCAAAGCAAAGAAUAAUGGAGAAAAUGGCAUUUCUUUAGUCAAAGUACAAACAAAUGAAGAUCACUGGGUCUGGGUUCAAGCUAACACUCAACUUCUGUAUCGAAGUGGUUGUUCAGAAUACGUCCUUGCCCAACAGCAAAUGCUAAAGGAAGAAGAUGAACAACUGAAGAUACUAAGUGGUUUUGCCAGUUUGAAAGGAAACCUGGAGGGGCUUUCCUAUAAUAGUGCCAUUGAAACUCUGGGCCAGUGGAAGCAUCUUAACUGGGCAGCAGUGAAGAAUGAACAAGAUAAUGUAAAAGUGAAGUUUGAGCCUCAUACUAAUGGUGAGUGUUUUAUGCAAGAGGAACCUCUCAGUUCUAACACAUCAGUUUUAGGCAUUCAAAACAACUGCACCACAAACAGUAGCUGGACUUUAAGAAACUCGAGUUCUUGUUCUAUGAGCCAGCGAAUGAACACUUGUCCAAACAGGAGAGCUGGAUCAUUCUACAAUAGAGACCAAAAUUUCUUAAAUUUGGCAUCAACUUGUUCUUCCCACUGGGGGAGCACAGAAAAUGGCCAGUCUUACUUGGGGCUCCAACAACGCUGUGCAGAGAACUAUGCAACAGACCACCUGAAGCUGCAGAGACCAUUAAUAUCCUCAGAGUCUCUCUAUGACACUGCUGUUCCCUUGGAGAUGCCUAUCAAAACAGAAUACGAUUCUGAUUCUGAAAACAUUGCUGAUAACUACCUGCUGUCGCAGAGCCGAGCCUGGCUGGAUGAGAGUGGCUCAGUGAGAAAGCAGGUGUCCAGCUAUCCCAACAGAAUGUACCUCAAAACAGAACCGGACCUCUGCGAGCCAGCCCUGCCUUGCCAGAAGCCAAGGCACUGCCUUUACACACCACAUAACUGGCAAUGCAUCAUAGCAAAUCAUCCCAACAACCUGAACUUGAACAGAGCUUGCAAGGGUUCACGGAACAAGGAGGUGGCCCCAUUCUGCCCUCAGAACACCUCCGUGUGUUUGGAAAGCAUGCCCGACCUGCCACACACAGCUUGCUACAGCCACUUCUACAGCCCCAGCCCAGGGGAGGAGAAAGAGCAGAUUAAUGAGGUGUUCAAAGUGCCAUGUGAAUUUAAAAACCCCUGCUUGGUUCAAGCAAUCAAGCGUGAGCCCCUGGAUUCUCCACCGUUGUCCAACAGUGGACAGAACAGAGUACACGCGAGCUUUCCUGAAAAUACAUUAGCAGGUCCUGUGCCUCAUAAAACCACUGAAUGUACAUUUUUGCAAUAGAUUUUAUAACAUUUGAAAUAUUUAUAAUGUUAAAAGCAAGAAGUUGUAGAUUCUCUUCCAGUUUGGUUAAAUGAGUUACUAAAAUCAAAAGCCAGUGGAAAGAUUUUGAGUGUGUGUGUGUGUGCACCUGUGUGUGAAAAGAAACAGACACAGGUACACACAUCCUACCCCCCCCUACUGCCCUUCUCUUAGUGAUCCUUGUGAAGAGGAAAGAAAGAUUAAACCUCAGGCACAGAAAAAUAAUUAUUACUUGCUGCACAGGUAUACCUGAUCAUUUUUCUUUAUCACCUUUCCUCUCUUGUCUAUACUUCACUAGCAAGGUCUAGCAAUUUCUGUUUCCUUUGGUCUGUUUUUCUCAAGGUGAUGUGAUGCCUCUGUGCAAACCAAAAAUGUUUAUGGUCUUCAGUGUGGCUAGUUCACCUUAGGAGUUCUUGCUUUAUAAUUAUUUUUCUACUCUCAUAAGAAGGAUCAGCUAUUCCUUCAUCCCAGCAUUAAAUUAAUGGCAAUAGGAAAGGGCUUCACAACACAACAUCUUAAUUUAAAAGGACCACAUUAGUAAAAACAAUGACUUUCAUAAAUGCAUUAUAAAUUAUUUCAAACUUCAAACUGAAGUUACUCCUAAGUUUCUUGAUAAUAUUAUUGUUUUAGAAUCCAUUUUUUUCCAUUUUAAUGCCAUCAGCCUUUCAUGUUGCUGCUGAAAGACUGAACAAUGGGAUGUAAUCCACUUCUAUAAAUCAGUUACAAAAUGUUGUUAAGUAUAUGGGAGAACAAAGUAUUUCUCCAAUUAUUUUCCUUACUGUUACUUGUAACAUUAACAAAGGAAAAGCACUUUUUCACUUGAUAGUAUUUCUUUGACUGAUAGCAGCUUAUUAGAUAUCGUCACCUUACAUCAAAACCAAAUCCCACACUAAGAUUAUUUUCAAAAACAUCCUCGUUUCAAUCUCAAAAGAAACCCUUAAUCUCACUGAGAGGUAACUGGUGGAUGCAUACCUUUCAAAAGCACUUCAGUGCACUUUAGUGCUUUUGAAAACAGAGUAUAUACUUUUCUUUGAACCCAGACAGUAAUGUAUUUCCACAACAAAAAAAAUAAAAUAAUAUUUUGGGUUUUUUUAUUGUUGUAGUUUGACUCCUGCACUAACUUUUGUUUUAAAAUUGCACUAUUUCAACUUUUUAUCAACUUCACCUAUAUAAAAACCACAUCAUUUAAAAAAAAAAUGCUUAGAUGUAUGUAUAUGUGCUUUUUGAAAGAAGCCCUGUAAUGAAUGUUUUCUUUUUCAAAAUGUUAUAAAUAAUUAUAACGUCUUCCUUUCUCUAUCUAAGGGCAUGGCGUUUUUUACAUGCCAGAAGAGAGGCAUAAAAUUCUUCAAAAUAUUUUAAAUAUGUGGGAUAAGUCGAGUUUUCAGGUAGUGCAAUGGUUCUGCACCUGGGAGGCUGCUCUUCUCCAAGAAGACUGACCAUCUUUUCUGAUAGAAAUUACUGCCUGUACAUUAGAGUUGGCAGGUGUAAAGAUACACAUUCUCUGCAUGCCAGUUAAGUGCUUAUGAACUGUGGUAUGAUCUGAAAUGCACACUGGACAGUAAAGCAGGGCAACAAUAUCUUACUGUAUUUCAGGUUAAAUCUGCCAUAGUCCACUUGACUGUAUCCAAGCCAUGAGAAUGUUACCUUUCUGGUGUCUGAGGUACAUCAGCUCCCUGCUGGCUGUGUGCUGCCUCUUAUUUGAGACAGUCUUGAUAUCCUUGCUUUAAUACUCCUGCUAGUGGUUGCAGUGCAAUAUCAGACCCUGUUCUGAAGUGAGACCACAGUGGUGGAAUUUACACUGCUCUCCAGUACACCACUGUCCAUAUCACAUAAAUUCAAGCCAAACUGCAAAAAUACUUGUGGGCAAGCAAACUUGUUGCUCAUGCAGAGUGAGACUGCCAUAAAUCAGUGUUGCUGCACAGCCUCUGCCUCACUGAUUCACUAUCUACAUAAUUACAAGCAGCAGUUCUUUAGACUCUCACAGAGUUGCUGUCAUAGUCCUUUGCUUGGCAUGCAGCAGUGGCACUGCUUAUGUGCUGGUGCCAGACACUCUACUGUGUGCCUCAUAGCUGCUUGUUGGGUUGUGCUAUGAACCCUGUAACAUUCUCCAGUCCAGCUCCUUGUGCAGCUGCCUGGCAGAAAUGAGAUGAUGGGGAGAAAGGGUAGUGUGGGAAUAGGUGGCUGGGGGCAACUGGAGGACACACCCACAUGACUUCUGAAAGCAGCUUUUUAAGAAUCACUGUCACACCCCUUCGAAUGAGAGUACCUGGGCUUGGUUUCACACUGCCUAGUACUUUCUCACAUCAUUUGCAUUGAUGAAGUAAAACACUGUUAUCUUCAUCUGGACAUGCUGGUGCCAUUUUGCAGGAUGGGAGUGGUUACACCAGGUGCAACUCUGUAGAGGACUGUGCCACCAAAAGCCUUGUCUAUGCUUAGAAAUAUUACCUGCUGUGACUACAGUGGGAGAGCUCUACCAGCCAGAUUUCUCUCUUCAGUGCAGAAGUAAUUUAUACUAACAACAGAAAAUCUCUAUAGUUCUCUCUGUUACAAAAUUCAUUCUUUUUUAUUGACAUAACUCUCAAGCUUUCUGGGCUCAUAUCAGUUAUAAUUAUUUUUCUCAUGUUUCCAACAAACCCAGACAGAUUUUACACAUCUUGAUUGAUAUUACAGAGGUAGGUGAAGCUUCUGCCUGUAAGGGAAUGUAAUCUGAUACAUGAGAUGUAAUGGCCUUCUAGAAGGAUGGAUGAAUGUGUGACUCAAAAGUGAGAUGUCACCUUCUGACUCCCUGCUGUGUAAAUGCAGUUACAUUUAUUAUUCCAUAAAGUCUGAAACCAAGAAUAAACACACUUAUCCUGUACAUCACAUUUGAUUUUGGCCCACUUAAUUUGUGGCUGAGUUCUUAUUUCAGGUCUCACAAGAAAAAAUGUGGUAUGAGUAGAAUUUCUUCUAAAUUACCACACAUGCAGUACAGCAAUCUCCCAAGAACUGGGCUUAUGGAGAGAUCAGCAGUUUAUCCUCUUUUUGGGCAAUUGCCAACCAUUGUUGGUAGUAAACAAAGACCAGUUCCUUCUAAGUACUUAGAAAGAACAGAGGAAAUAAACGCUUAAAAAUAAUCUCUUGCCAUUUGUGUUUAAGGCACAGAUAUGCCUUCAUCCUCUCCCCAUGAUAUGUGCCCUGGAUUGAGUCGGGCCUGAAAUCUGACAUUGCAUUGUACCCUGUUAAAUUACCACUGAUUUAAUCUAUAAAACCUUUUUGUAUGAAGACAUUAAUGACCCCCUGGCACUGACCAGUAAAUAGGAUGAAAGAGAGAGCAGUUCUUUAAAAUGGUUACAUUUUCUUAGUGGUUGUUGCCGCUUUGGUAUUAUUCUAAAAACUAGCACUGAGAAGUAGGAUUUAAGAUAUUUUCAGUCACUGGUGUUUAGCUUUUAUCCUUAAUGAACUGGUAUUUGUAUCCCUUCAGCGCAACCCUAAAGUCUGUUUUAGGAGCCUCCCAAUGCAUUUAUUGUAGCAACAAUAAAAAAUUAUUCUUGUAGAAGAAAUGCCUAGUCAAAUGGUUGCCUAAUAGGAACUUGGGGCAUUCAGGCCGUAAGAAAUGCCUGACUGAUAAUAGCAUUCAAACUUCCUCAGCCAUAAACUCUUCAGAGGCUGAGACAGAAUGGACUCAUGAAUUCCCUGAUCUUUGGGGAGGGUAUAUUUUGGUGUGGAAGGUGAGCAGUUCCAAAAGCUGUGAGAAGGUGUCUCCCGCUGGGAUGUUACUUGGUCCACAGAGAGCAGAGACAAUAUUAUCAGUGCUAAAGCUGCUGAUCAAGGUCUUGACUUUACUGAGAAUGUGACCUGAUUUCAGCUGUCAGUGGACAGCUGCUGAGCACCAUACAAAUGCUACUCAAACACUAUUGAAAGCUACUAUUUUUACUGAGAAACAACAUGAUUUGAGGUAGGAGCUUGAACAGCAAAAAGAGGGGAUUUUCCUGCACUUAUAUAGUGACUGAAACUGGGGCAGACCUCCACUGUAGGUAACACUAUAAAUAAUUUACAUUGACUUAAAAGUCUUCAGAUACCAAAGUAAAGCUCUGUUUCAAAAAUUCUGUGUGAGGGCAGCACUGUGGGAGUGGUAAGCUUGUUUCAGUUGUCCUCAGUUUGGAGAUUUAACAAGGGAAAUGAAAGAUUAAGAGACUGUACCUAAAUCCACUGUAGGAAAGACUAAACUUCCUAUUCUUUGAUUGUAACAUGGUAAUGCAAAGUUUAAGUCUGUGGUUUACCCACCUUUUAUUGGAACACAGCCAUGUAUUCUUAAAGUUCUUACAUCUGAGUCUGCUCUGGAUGGCUUAGGGAAGUCUGACAUUUGAGCAUCAGUCAGUUCAGUAAGACUUUAGGUGCUGAUCUUUUGAUAUAGUAUUGAGAUCGACAGAGCAUGUGCAAUUCUUCUGGAAAUUCCUAGUGCUUAAAAUACUUAAGAGGCAACAAGCCUGAGACAAGGAAUAUUCUGUGGGAUAAGAUCAGCUUCUGCUGCCUAGAAGCUUUUCUUAACUCUUUGUGUUGAAGCCAUACUGGAACUUAAAUAGGACAGCCUCACCCACUGUAGUUACUUCAAGAAACCCAUUAUUUUCUCUUAACAAGGUGUUAUGUUUCAAUUAAAAUAGUUAAAAGGCAUAAUUUCCCCUACCUAUGAAUACAUAUAUUGCCUUAGGUAGUGGUAAAACAAUUAACAUACUUUUAUUCUUUCAUUUGAGUGUCACUUAACCAAGAAAACCAACCUCAGAAUGACAGGGGUAUAGAACGGUUCUAUUUUUCUUGUCUAUCUGCUCGUUUCCUCUCUUUCUCUCUCUCUACUCUUCUAGAGUGUAAACAUUCAAAAUGGAAAUACUUUCCUGAUCAUACUGAGACAAAAAAACCUGAACGUAAACUAGACUGUAGAAAAUGUCUCACUAGAACAGGACUUUCUCUCCCUGGAGUUCCUUCUUUUAAAUCUUGCCAAGUCCUACGUGAAACUGUGAGUCUCAACUGAAAACAGGCAUCUGUAACAUGUAGGGAGCAAGAGAUUGUGCAGGUGGCCAUGCUCACAUUGUAGUCACAAGACUUUUAUCCAGCUGAAGGAGAUUCAUACAAGAGGGCUGCACCGGGUAGCUUAUGUUCAUAGGCACUGCCACCCUGACAAACAGAUCUUUGUCACGUUUCAGUGACAUGUGGCGUGUUCUUGUUACUAUGAAUACGUUUCCCUAUCAUGCUAUCAGAAAUGCCUCUGAGCAAAGGCUGAAAUACAUUCUAAACUCACAAAGUACUUUUAAAAAAAACCAACCCAAAUGUCUGGAGAUCCAAGCAUUUGCUUGUGGUUAGGCAAAGGUGUUCUUUGAGUGGAAGUUUGGAAGAAAGUAAAAAAAGAAAAAAAUUGUUAAGACAAAUUUUGGGGAGAGAAAAGAUAUAUUGCCAUCAAGGUGUAAUUAUUCUGUGACUACAGCAUUAAUUCUUCAUCCACUGUUAAAAAUUCUGUGGUCUGAAAUCACGUCCUCUUUUUCUUUUUUCAGUAGAACUGAUUUUGUAACUUUUCAGGUUAAAAAUAAUUCUUGAGAACAAGGAUUGAGGCAUUUGAAUGCUAAGCUGCAUUUCUCAAUCGGACUGAAAAAGUCAUUCUAGGAGGCAUGAAGUGCUCCCGUUCCUUUCCUGGGGCUAGUCUUCCAAACUCUGGCAAAUUCAGUGUGUGCAUUAUCUCUCUUGCUGCUGGUAAUUGUGCAGCUGAUGCUCUAACUAUGCAGUCCAAAGUUUUUCAAUAUUUCCUUGAUGCAACAAGGCUCCAGGGACAGCUCCAGUUUCACAUUUGUACUGGUAGAAUUAUGGUAAACAAAGAUGUGGCAGAAGGCAAUAGAAAGAACAUCAGCUGCUUGGCUAGUCUUAUUAAUUCUAUUUCAGCAAUUAAAAUGCUAUGUUAGAAAAAAACAUGUGAACUUCUGGUCUAGAGCGCCUCAUUCUGCACCACAGGAUGGUGUAAGCUUUCCCUUCUGAACCUCUUUUUUUUCCUUUUUUUAAAAUUUUUUUUUAUUUUUAAUUUCUGGACCACAUGUAUCCUCCCUGUGCUCAUUUAAAACGUGAAAUAAGGAGAGGCAAACAUCAACUGUUGUAUGGGGUUUUUUUUUUCUGUCUUUUGAGAAAGAACUUCAAAAAGGCAAAAGUUAUCUUAGUUCUCAAUAACAGGAUUCAGUUUUGUUUCUACUCUUACCAUAACUAAGAAAAUUCUUCCUCUGCAUGGUCAACAAACUUCCCUCUUCUGAAAGGGUUCUUCCUGACACCCUCUCCCCCCUGAACUCCUUCUUAACCAAACCAAAGAACACUUUCUUCCUUAAAGGCAAUUUUCUUUUCUUUCUCUAGCUUUUCCACCUUUGUGAUUGCUUAGGAUGGUACAUUUUGGUCUCCACUCUUGCUGUUUUCUGAGUCUGUAGCUUUAUUUCCACUUCAGGCAUACUUCAAAAGUUUUGCCAAAAGAACAGUGUUAGGCAGAAGUGCAAUCCCCCAUUUCUCCCUGCCCUCCUUAAUAAGACAGAGGUACUCACUAAUUACAGAUGUACCCCUAAACCAGACAAUAGGUCACUCUGCUGGUGAAACAUCCUCUCUUCAGGAGUCUGUACUGCCAAGAAACCACCAGCUACCACCAACAGUUUAGUGCUACAAGUAUAUAAAUAAUGCCAAAUCCUUUUUUUCUUUAGACACGGUCUCUCUUUCAAACAAUCAAGGAACUAAUUUUCUCCUUUUUUCUUCUCUCAUUUUUGUCUACAUGGGUUUAUUCUUUCACUGUGCAAUUGCACUUUAAAUUUGCAAUUUUUUUUUUUUUUUUAAAUUAAGAAGGGUAUGGAAGCAUUACACGAUGUGUACAAUGCAGUGUUUUUAACUAGUCCAUUUUAGAUUUGGAGAUUAGAACCACAAACACGGAUCAAGAAUUUUAAUGUGACUCCAUGUAAAAGACUGACUGUUACAGAAAUGCCCAUGAAAAAUAUGAGUACCAAUAAUAUCAUCACCAAAGGGAUAUAAUCUGCCAUCACACUCCACUAAUAAACCUGUACUAAAAGUGCCAUUCCUUCAUCUUCUGCAGAAACACAGUGCAGGACAAGACUAACUCUUAGCAAUCUGGUCUAGUGGAAGGUGUCUGUGCCCAUGGUAGGGGGGUUGGAACUGGAUAAUCUUUAAAAUCCUUUCCAACCCAAACCAUUCUAUGAUUCCAUGAUUAACAAACAGGUGUAUGGAAUUCUACCAACAGUUUUGGCCUAUCUGGCACUCCAUGAUCCCCCAACAUCUUUUGGGGGAGUGUGUAUUUCUGGAGAGAACACUGCAACCACCCCAGCUCUAUUUGAAAAUGUGCUAGAUGUUGCAGCUAAUGCCUGCACUGGGGCAUGUGACCGAGGCAUGAAUGCUGCCCACCUGGGGAGGUGAAGCAGCAGACAGGCACAUCUCCAGCCCCGGAGAAGCCAACGCAGGGAAUCCUGUGGGAUCACCUUUGGUCAUGUGUAACCCAACCAGCACCACUGGCUGUGCUGCUUUGCGUACAGGAGUAUCAUAGGUGUCACGGUAUAUCACUCAUAUACCUGUAAAAUAUAUUGUGGCUGAUUCAAAGCAGGCAGUGACCUGUGGAUUUGACGUUCUGGCAUGUUGUUUAAACCCGGUGCACUUUUCUGUUGUGUUUUGUACUGUCUCCUCAGCCUGCUUUUAGAAGGAACUUUCAAGCAUACUUCUUAAAUUAUAUUUUACAUUUAUUACCAGGCAAAAGCAUAAAGCUGAGACAUUUUAAAAUAAAAUGUUUGCAUUUAAAUUAA